AUGAUUGAUAUUAUUUCAAAGGAAAAAUUUUUUUUUAUUACAGAAAAAGACUGUAAGGAUGAUCCUUUGCUGGAACAGUGCAAGUGGUUAUUAAAUUUCUAUGCCAAUUAUGCAUUAAAAGCUGUGGAUGAUUGUACAGAAGUGGGUGUGUUUCCAGAUAGCACUUCUGAAACAAAAUUUUACGUAUGUUUAGAUGAUUCAAAUUCAGGGUUUAUAAAAUUGCCAUUUUCUUGUUCGAAAGAUGAAUAUUUUGAUAAGUCAACAUCGCAAUGUGUAUCAACUGCUUUAACCGAAACUGAAGGUACUACAAUUUCUGAAAGUUCCACUGCAGGAGAAUUAACGACAAGUUCAGAUCAACCUUCUUCUACUUUAUCUGCUUCUACUGAUGUCUCGACCACUUUGACAGAGUCAUCAACUGCAGUUUCUAACAAUGUUGAAUCUUCCACACCUCUGAGUACUGCUGAACCUUUUACUUCAGUUCCGACUACUGUUGGACCUCAAUCUAGUAUUCCUAGCACUACAGAAUUUUCCACAACUGAACCUCCGUCUAAUACUGUUACAGCUGAACCUCCAUCCACUAUUGUUACAACUGAAUCUUCGUCCACUACUGUUCCAACUACCGUAUUCACUACAACAGAACCUAGUCAAACAACAACACAACCCUUUGCCUGUACUUCUCCAGGAAUAUUUCCGGAUCCUACCAAUUGUUUAUCUGAAAUGACAACACCUAAACCGAAUUCCACACCUACAACUACAACUGCAUCUACUCCCACUACAACUACAACAACAACGACCGCAAAACCGUUUACGUGUCCUGGAGCUGGAGUUUUUCCAAAUCCUGAUGAUUGCAAAACAUAUUUCCGAUGCAAUAACGCCGGGAAAAUUUUCGUACUGUCUUGUCCAGGAAGUUCAUCUUUUAAUGAAAUAACAAAAUCUUGCAGCCUUAAUCUGAGUCCCCGAUGUCAAAAAAAGUAA